AUGCUCAGCCCCCGGUUCUGGGGCCAGACCCCGGGGCCGUCGCAGGUGCGGGCCGCGUGGGACCCGGCGGUGGCGGGGCAGCGUGUGAUCCAGAGGCUGCUGCAGGUGGAGGAGCGCUACACCCCCUCCGCCCUCUACAUCGCCCUGGCCCAGCGGGACCCGCAGCGGCGGGAGGAGCUCGCCAAGUGGGCCCUGGAGGUGUGUUGUGAGUGUGGCUGUGACGAGGGAGUGUUCCCCCUCGCCGUCUCCCUGAUGGACCGGUUCCUCUCCUCCUCGCUGUCGCUGCCCGUCUCGCCGUACUGCCUGGUUGCCGCCUGCGUCCUCAUCGCCUCCAAGCUCAGCGAGGUGGACAACGUCUCCGCCGACACGCUGUGCGCCGCGGCCGAGUACAGCUUCCAGGCGUCCAAUCUGAGGGAGAUGGAGCGGGUGGUGCUGGGCACCCUGCGCUGGGACACGGCCUCCGUCACCCCCCAGGACUUCCUGCCCCUCCUCCUGGCCCCCGUGGGCUCCCGGAUGGAGGGGGCCCCCGACCGCGCGGAGCUGCUGACCACCAUGCGUCGCCACGGCGACACGCUGGUGGCCAUGUGCGUGUGCGACUCCCGCUUCCUGGGCGCGCCCCCCUCCCUGGUGGCGGCGGCGGCGCUCAACUCGGCCCUCAGGGGCCUCAGCGGCCGGGGCCCUGCCCAGCUGGCCGCCCUCGGAGAGCUGCUGGCCGCGCUCUGCCAGACGGACACGACGGUGCUCCAGUGCUACAGCGAGAUGGUGGAGUUCGCCCUGAGGCAGCGGCUGAGAGCCGGACUGCAGGAGGAGCCGAUGGGGAAGGAGGUGGAGGAGGAUGAGGAGGAGGACCAGAGGGCCGGAACCCCCACCGACAUGAGGGACGUCGACUUCUGAACGGCUUGAGCCAUACCAAGUGUGAUCAAUCUAAAGGAAACAGUCGUAUUGGCGAUCAGUGAAACUGACGAGAGAGAUUAUGAUUGUGAAAAUGUGCCACACUUUUUUUUGA